GUAAGGACAUGUCGGCGAGGGGGGCCUAAAUCCGGCGAAGGUUGGGCAGCGGUGCGUCGGGUGCUCGGCGACGGCGAUGGAGUAGGGCGGCGCGUGAGAUUUUGGUCAAAGAAGACCGUUCUUUGCUUCAGAAUAAACCGGUCGGCUUUUUCCGGUUCGUAUUGGUUCAACCCGACCGGAACGUUAGGGUCCAACCUCUGCAACUUCGAAAAACCCUCGCCUCGACGCCGCGCCCUAAAUCGCAAGGAGUGGUCGAAAACGAGUCGAAAGGAGAAGUGAUCGACACGAACAAUGGAAUUGGAGACUGCUGAGACUGAUGGUCAUCUCCGCGAGAGCAGCAGCCGGAAGAAGAGGAAGAGGAAGGAGGGUAAGACGAGGAUGACGACGAAGGAGGAGAAGAAUCCUACAGUCAGCAUCGCUGUUGCCGGCUUCAUAAUUGACAACGCCCAGUCCCUUGAGCUUGCCACCCUUUUGGCAGGUCAGGUUGCUCGUGCGGCCACCAUCUUCCGAAUCGAUGAGGUUGUAGUGUUUGACAAUAGAGCAUCAUCAGAUGUUGAUACAGUGGUUAGACCAGGGCAUGAUGGGAAUGAGAGCGAAAGUGGUGCAGAGUUUCUUACAAUGAUACUACGGUACUUGGAAACACCACAGUACUUGCGACGCCGUCUCUUUCCAAUGCACAAGAGCUUAAAAUUUGUGGGCUUGCUUCCUCCUCUAGAUGCCCCUCAUCACCUGCGCAAACAUGAAUGGUGUUCAUUUCGUGAAGGUGUCACAUUGGAUGUGAAUCCACCAAAUUCAAAGGGCACACUUGUAGAUGUAGGGUUAAAUAAGAAUGUAGUGAUUGAGGAAGUUCUAGAACCUGGAAAGCGAAUAACUGUAGCAAUGGGGGACAAUCGUGGUGCUGAAAUAGAUGGUUUUAAAAAAGCAGUUGACUCCUCCAGUCCAAGAGACCAAAUAGGUAUGUAUUGGGGGUACAAAGUUCGUUAUUGUUCAAACCUCAGCAGUGUUAUCAGAAACUGCCCGUAUAAGGGUGGAUAUGAUCAUAUUAUAGGUACUUCAGAGCAUGGUCUUGUGGUUGCUUCAUCAGAGCUUGUAAUUCCUUCAUUUAGGCACCUUCUGAUCGUAUUUGGUGGACUUGGGGGUUUGGAAGAGAAUAUAGAAGAAGAUAAUAAUUUGAAGGGAAAGAAUGUCCACGAUGUAUUUAAUUCUUACUUGAAUACAUGCCCUCUUCAAGGAAGCAGAACCAUAAGGACUGAGGAGGCCAUCUUCAUAUCCCUGCAAUAUUUCCAAGAACCAAUAAAGCGAGCAGAGCAGCUAUGCAAUGGAAAAUAGCCCUUGUUGAUUUUACUCCAAUUUGACAAAAAUUAUGCAACACUAGGAUCGAGAAGUAUUUGGGAAGCAUUUCAAACUUCUUGAGCAGGGUUUGUAGAUGGUCAGAUAUUGAACAGUGCACAACAUCUUGCUUGAUUUGGACUCUUGUUGUUGCCACAAAUUGCGGCAGCUUAGGAUGGCAAAGAAGCCUUGGAAGGAAAGUUCUUCACAGAGUAAUAUGUUCAGGGCAUGGCAUAUAGAGAUCAUACGAAAGCUAAAAGUGGUAUUGUUGUCUCAAAAAAAAAUCAUCUAUUGUAUGGGAAAAAAAGAAUCAAAAUUAACUCGAGAGUUAGGUGCAGAUGCACACACAAACAGCGAACACAUACUUAUGCAUGGUUUCUGAGCUGUGAAUGCAUUCGAUGAUAUGCUUUUCUUUACGAGAUUUUCAAAUGUGAGCAACCGAAUGAGGCCCAUUCUUUUCAAGAUGAUGUUCUAGAAAGUGGACACAAGUUUAUCAGA